AUGCUAUCUAGAUUAGAUAUUGAAGAAGUAACAUGUAAUGAAGACAGAUUGAUUGAUUUAGAUUCAGACGAUUUCAAAGACUCAGCAUACUUAACGUUAAUUCAGACGGUGAUAGACAAUAGCGAACGGUUACCAGACAUACAAGUUAAGGACAACAAGGUUUAUAAAAAAGUUAAGUUUGAUAGGGAAAGCGGAAGUGAAACCUCAUGGAAAGUAUGGUUACCAAAUCCUGCUAUAUCCAAGGUCCUAGGUAAAUGUCAUAUGGAUAACACAGUACACGGUGGUGUAGCCAAAACUUUACAUAAACUACGCGAACUGUUCUAUUGGCCAACAAUGGUUAAAGACACUAAAAAUUAUGUGAGAUUCUGCGAUUGUGUAAGGAAAUAA